UUGACGGUAAAAAUAAAUAGGUGGUCUAUAUAUACACAUCAUAUCAUGAAUGUCAGCUCUUAUCUCUGCUACCAGUAUAAGCUAAACAUCUCUGUGUCUCUCCUCUCCUGCCCAUCUCUCUAUACUCCUUUUGCAUAUCUCAUUCAAGAGCCAGAUACAAACACACAUAAUAAUAUAGAAAAGAAACAAGGCAGAACAUGGGUAUAUUUUCAUUGAUGACAGGAAUGGCAGGAGCAAGCGGCUUCGGAUCUGCUUCAACUGCUGAACAAGUCACUGACGGAAUCGAUGCUUCCAAUCUCACUGCCAUCAUAACCGGAGGGGCAAGUGGAAUUGGGUUUGAGACAGCAAGAGUAUUGGCACUGAGGAGAGCUCAUGUGGUAAUAGCAACGAGGAAUGUAGAGGCUGCAAAUGAAGCAAAACAGCUUAUUCUUAAAGAACAAGAAAAUGCUCGCGUCGAUGUUCUUAAACUUGACCUAUGCUCCAUCAAAUCCGUCAGGGCAUUUGCUGAUAGCUUCAAGGCUCUUAACCUUCCGCUCAACAUUCUCAUAAACAAUGCUGGCAUUAUGUUUUGCCCUUACAAACUUUCAGAAGAUGGGAUUGAGAUACAAUUUGCAACAAACCAUCUGGGGCAUUUCUUGUUGACAAACCUACUACUGGACAAGAUGAAGGAGACAGCAAAAUCUACAGGUGUCGAAGGAAGGAUUGUGAAUCUAUCUUCGAUAGCUCACCAGCAUACUUAUUCUGAAGGAAUACUAUUCGAAAAGCUCAAUGACGAAAAGAGUUAUUCGGACAAAAAGGCAUAUGGACAAUCGAAAUUAGCUAAUGUAUUGCAUGCUAAUGAGCUGUCUCGACGUCUACAGGCGGAGGGAGCAAAUAUUACUGUGAACUCGGUGCAUCCAGGAUUGAUCAUGACAAACCUCUUUAAGUACUCAACCGUUCUGUUCAAAAUUCUUAAGAUGGUAACUCCUCUCAUCUGGAAGAAUGUCCCACAGGGGGCAUCCACGACUUGUUACGUAGCUCUGCACCCUAAUUUAAAAGGUGUGAGUGGGAAGUAUUAUCAGGACUGUAACGAGUGGCAGCCAAGCAAAUUUGCAACGGAUGAGAAGUUGGCCAAAAAACUCUGGGACUUCAGCAACAAGCUGGUUAACUCUGUUUGAUUAUGUGUCAGAUAUGAAUCUAUGCACAACUACUAUGUGAAGGUGUCUAAGUCCUUGAGUAACUUGCUGAGUGAUGCUUCUGCUUGAAUUAGUAGUUUGGGUGUGUACUUUGAUAAAAAUUUGAACUUGUAAAACUUGUGUAAUGUACAUCAGAAUUGUGUGUUUCCAUUA